AUGCCCAAUGCUACAGUACCCCACGCGCCACCACACGCAACGACGGCGAAGAUUUGGCUUAAACGAAGGAAAUCACGGCGGCAGGAUGGACGGCGACGGCGGGGAAGCUCUGGGGUUCGACAAUUGUGGCGGCCAGGUCUGAAUUGGGGCGGAGUAGGGACUGAGGUCACGGCGGAGAGAGAGAGAGGUUUUAGGGAGGAUUUGAGAAACUGGGGAAGAAGGAGAAGAUCGCGAGUUUUAGAAAACUUAUUCGACUUUGCGCGAUGA